AUUUUAAUAUUUAAAUUAGAUUGCUCUCCUCCUUUAAUAUAGAAAUGGUUUAUGUACAGUUGAACUAUUUGGUUCAGUUCCGGUUCCGUUUUUGAAGUGCAGUUACAAAAAAGUCCAGGUCACUGAGUUCUAAAUCGAAAUUUUUUAACUAAAAAAAAUUCGAUGUGUAAAUACUAGUACUAAAUUGUUUUUCGGAUAUAGAUCAUACAAAUUUACGCAUGAGUAGGGUGUACAAAAUGGCUUGGAGCGGCGUUAGGAUGUUUCUGAAGCUCACAUCACAACGUUGUCAACUUAUAAGUUUGGGAUCCAAAACCGAGGUACCCGGAGGUCCAGGGCCAGGAAUCUUCGAGUCUGACGUUCUAGCGAGUAAAUCAAAUGCCAGUCACAUGGAGAACCUGUUCACUAAGUGGAUCGAGGACAAUAACGCAAUUCAUGAAUCCUGGCAGCGUUUCUUUAAGGACUUAGUUGGAGAUACGGCCAUGACCACUCCCCUGCAAUACGAUCCCAAUCCCAAUCCGAAUUCUAUACAAAGUUUUAACAAGCAUCUUGGAAAUGGCUUUAAUAUUUCUUCGCCUUCUGAAAGAGUCGCAACCUCACCCGAAAAACUUAAGCAGACCAAAAAGAAUGGAACGAAAACCGGAGAUCCGCAUUCAGAUAAGAUUGGAUCCGGUUCUCCAGUGGCAAGGCACUCGAAUUACAUAUCGAAAGGAUCUUCAGUGCCUGUGAUGAGGACGAACCUUCCUCCGGCACUGGAGAACCUGUCGAACACUUCGCAGCCUACAAGUGAUCAGAAUGAUUUAAAUACUUGCGUGACCUGUCCUCAAAAAAGUGAUAUCAAUUUACUUUCACAUUCACCGGAAAUCCGGACAUCUGGAUUAUACGACCAGAAUGCGCCAUCAUCUUCCAAAACGGGAUUCAACAAAUACGGAAACUGUUUGCCGAAUACCAGAAUUCCUGGUUCUGUCUUAACAAACAAAUUAGAAGUAAAUGAAUUUUUUAAAAAACCAUUUAGAAGUAUUUCCCAAAUAAAGGAACCAAACGAGCCUGAAAAGCUGUUAAUCUCAGCAGGAAACCUAACGCGAUCCAGAAGAAUGGGAAAUUCGCGUAACAACUUCAAAACGAAAUAUGGAUCGUUCAAUAAGUUUAUGAAAUGUUGGGGAAUUAAACCAGAAAUUUAUAUAAGACCUCGUUCAAAAGCCAAUUCUAAGAAAAAAACUAUUGUGAACUUUAAAAGUUAUUACGAAAAGAGCCUGAAACAAGGAAAGGGAAAAGUUGGGAAUUCCACAAAAAAAUCAACAAAUAAAAUACCUUUAGAUUCGAAAGAAGAAAAAUCAAAGCAGGAACCAAGCCAACUCACCAAAUGUAAUCUUGAUAAAGACGAGAAAGAUAAUACAAAGUUGAAGGCUACCGAACGACCAAGUAAGACUUUUAAAGACUUGACUGACAAUAUGGAUUCAGAAAAAACCAAGGAAGGCAGUAAUGAAAGUAAACCAAAUCAAAAGCCAGCAGUUUACAAAGCAACGGUUAGAAUUUUUAUACCUCAGCCAAAAGAAAACCCAAAAGCUGAUAAUAAACCAAAAUCAUCUGCAAAAUCCGAAAGCACCAACUCAAAAAAACCUGUACCCGAAAAAUUUAAAUCUCUAAGGGUUUCGAGUGCCGAGAAAAAUGAUCUUAAGAAGCUGGUCUACAAUAAUUUAGAGAAAUCGUUGAUAUAUGCAGACGAAUUAACACUUAAAAGUUUGAUAAAGCCAACACCAGACUCUUGAAAUUU